AUGAACGGAGCGCAAAUCACAAAGGAGGCAAUGGCGCAAAAGCCAUCGCAAGGCUCGACGACAUCACAGGGUGCGUCCGCCAACGGCAACUCGGCACUGAACAAGAAGAGGAAGAAGGACGGCUUGAAGCCUAUCAUUACGACCGAGGGCCCCGGGGCCGCUCAUCUCGCCCAAGUCAUGACACAUUCGCCGACAUCGUCUUCCUCACCUGAGGACCCCGCCGAGAACACUGCCGACGAGGAAGAUUCUGAAGAUUAUUGCAAAGGAGGAUAUCACCCAGUCACGAUUGGGGAAAAGUUUAAGGACGGCAAAUACACCGUUGUGCGGAAGUUGGGUUGGGGUCAUUUUUCAACCGUGUGGCUAUCAAGGGACAACACGACUGGCAAACAUGUGGCGCUCAAGGUCGUACGGUCAGCGGCACACUAUACGGAAACCGCCGUCGAUGAGAUCAAGCUUCUCAACAAGAUUGUCCAAGCAAACCCGAACCAUCCCGGUCGCAAGCAUGUCGUGAGCUUGCUAGAUUCGUUCGAACACAAAGGCCCAAACGGCACCCACGUAUGUAUGGUGUUCGAGGUCCUGGGCGAGAAUCUUUUGGGCUUGAUCAAAAAGUGGAAUCACAGGGGUAUCCCGAUGCCGCUCGUCAAGCAGAUCACAAAGCAGGUGCUGCUGGGCCUCGAUUAUUUGCACCGGGAAUGUGGAAUCAUCCACACGGAUCUCAAGCCAGAGAAUGUGCUUAUCGAGAUCGGCGACGUUGAGCAGAUCGUGAAGAAGGUGGUAAAGAACGAACCCAACGAUAAGGAAAACAACAGGAACGGCCGUCGCAGGCGUAGGACGCUCAUCACAGGCAGUCAGCCCUUGCCGUCACCGCUCAACGCAAGUUUUAGCUCUGCGUCGCUAUUUCCAUCGCCCGGUUCGCACAGCCUCGGCCAGAUGCUGCAUGAAGGUCCCUUAUCCAAAGAACCGUCGCCGAGACCCGACAAAGACAGUGGGGAGGACAGCCAAAAACAGCGGGAAAAGACGGCUGAUAUUCUCACGAAGGAAGUUUCGGGCAUCUCGCUAGACAAGUCUGCUACCCCUCUGUCGACAACAGGCGAGAAGCGCAAGGCCGAGGAUAUGCAAGGCUUUGACAUCAUCAGCGUCAAGAUCGCCGAUCUCGGGAACGCGUGCUGGGUCAACCACCACUUUACCAACGACAUCCAAACGCGCCAGUACCGCUCUCCCGAGGUGAUUCUAGGUGCCAGAUGGGGAGCAAGCACAGACGUAUGGAGCAUGGCCGCCAUGGUAUUCGAGCUGAUUACAGGCGAUUAUCUCUUUGACCCCCAGUCCGGCACAAAGUACGGAAAAGACGACGACCACAUCGCCCAGAUCAUCGAGCUGCUCGGACCGUUUCCCAAGUCGUUGUGUUUGUCGGGCAAGUGGUCGCAGGAGAUCUUCAAUAGAAAGGGAGAGCUGCGGAAUAUCCAUCGGCUGCGGCAUUGGGCUCUCCCGGAUGUCUUGCGGGAGAAGUACCAUUUCAAGGAGGAUGAAGCCAAGCGCAUCUCUGAUUUCCUCAUCCCCAUGCUGGAGCUCGUGCCCGAGAAGCGGGCGAAUGCAGGCGGCAUGGCGAGCCACGUUUGGUUGGAUGACACGCCGGGCAUGAAGGGUAUAAAGAUUGAUGGGGUUGAAGUCGGGAGUCGCGGGGAAGGCAUAGACGGCUGGGCAAGUGAAGUAAGAAAGCGGUAG